AUGGCGUCCUUCUUCGACCUGACCAAGCCGCACCUGGCCUAUUAUUCUCCGUCCAAGGUGCCCGCAGCAUUCGUGCUGGCCGUAGUCCCCCAUACCUACUCCCUAAUAGCAGCUGGGAAGAACUUUGAUAUAGCAAACCCUCGCAAUACUGUAGAGAAUUGCGAAAAGGAUACUACUCUGCAAAAGAAGACCGCCCAACGCAUCCGACGGGCCGAGGCGGCCACGGCCAACGCCUUCGAGACCGUAGGUCUGUACGCCGGUGGGAUCGCGGCGGCUACUGCUGCGGGUGUCCCCGUAGAGACACUGAAUUACCUGAGCGUGAUGUAUCUGGCUUCGCGGGCGGGUUACAGUGCCGUCUACGUCUGGUUGCAGGACAACAGGAAGUUGGCGCCUCUGAGGAGCGUGUGCUGGAACACGAGUAUUGGCAUUAUCUUCGCUCUUUGGAUCAAAGCUGGCAACAAGGCCUCUGCUUAG